GAGAGGUGAGUGCUGCUGCAGAACAACAUUUAGCCUGGCUGAGGAGUUAAACGGCGCACAGCGGCACAUCUGCUUCAUCCAGGCAUUAAUCCUGUUGUGAUAGCCAUGUUCUCAAAAUGGUCUGAGCCUAUGGCCUUUGGGAAAAUGUCCUUUGUGGUUUUCAUCCUGACCUCUGCCCUAUCAGUGACUUCCCUCCCCGCUGACAUAGAAAAAGGAAGGAGAAAAGUGGUGCAUGUUCUUGAGGACGACACCGGAGCGGUCAUUGUGCAGACAGCUCCUGGUAAAGUGAUGACACAUCGUGGUGGCUCCAUCACUCUGCCCUGCAGAUUCCAUCACGAGCCAGAAGACACGGACCCUGCCCGCAUCCGGAUUAAAUGGACCAAAGUGACAGAUGCACUGCAGUUUGAGGAUGUCUUUGUGGCGCUCGGAAGGCAGCAGCGUGUAUUUGGAGGGUACAGAGGUCGUGUGUUUUUGGAGCAGGCGGGCCCUGGUGACGCCUCAGUGAUCAUCCAAAAUGUCACACUGGAGGACUAUGGACGCUAUGAGUGUGAAGUCACCGAUGACAUGGAAGAUGAUACUGGAUUUGUCAACCUUGACCUAGAAGGUGUGGUGUUUCCCUACUACCCCCGUGAGGGGCGCUAUAAGCUCAACUACCACCAGGCUGAGGAUGCCUGCAAACAGCAGGACGCCAUCCUGGCCUCCCACUCUCAACUGCAUAAGGCCUGGCUGGAAGGACUAGACUGGUGUAAUGCUGGAUGGCUGGAGGACGGCUCAGUCCAGUACCCUAUCUCUCAUCCCAGAGACCAGUGUGGCCGCAAGGACACCCCUGCUGGUGUUCGUAACUAUGGCUACAGGCAUAAGGAAGAUGAGCGUUAUGACGCUUUCUGUUUCACUUCCAAGCUCAAUGGCAAAGUGUACUUCCUCAAACGUUUUAAGAAGGUGAACUAUGGGGAGGCAAUGAAGGCUUGCAUUCGAGAUGAUUCUGUGGUGGCCAAAGUGGGUCAGCUCUAUGCAGCAUGGAAGUUCCAGCUUCUGGACCGCUGUGAAGCCGGUUGGCUGGAGGACGGCAGCAUCCGUUACCCCAUAGUCAACCCACGUUCUCGCUGUGGAGGAUCCCAGCCAGGCGUCCGACACUUGGGCUUUCCUGAUAAAAAAUUCCGCCUCUAUGGGGUCUACUGUUUCCGCAAGACCAAGGAUGAAAGAGCAGGUGCUGAAACGACAAAAAGCCCUAAAGAUAGUUUGACAAGGAGGAAGAGCAGCAACAGCAUCCCCAUGAAUGCUACAAGGGUGAUUUAAAGCAGAAAGACUGAGAGCAAGAGGGGGAUGCAAUUUUAGAUUUGACUGCAACAACUGUCGCCUAGCAGCCAGACUCCAUUCAUCGCUUUUAAAGUAAAACACUCACAGACGAGAUGUACUCAUUUGCAGAUUUGCCAGAGAGAAGUGAGGCUGUGUAAAAUUAAGGGUGACAUCUUUAUUAGGGUGAUUUUCCUUUCGUCUAAAGUCAGUCAAUCAUCUUAAGGAGUGAGUAUGUAAGCACAUCUGUCGCUGGAAAACUGUGAGAUUAAACAGCAGCUUGAUCAUCACUCAGGCACACAUCAGAUCAGAGAGUCUGCCAUGAACAUCCUUGUUUGCGUGUAUGUGGAGCACAUUUUUGGCCCCCACUGUGGCUCCUGAGCACUAAGCCCCAGUCUGAGCCAGAAUGCCAGUGCCAGGGUGAAAGCAUUCAUUACUGGGUGAGACAGCAUGAUCUGCCUCACUGUAUGGAAAAAAUCCAAGAUGCCCUGUAAGUUUUGAUUGUACAAAGUGUAAUUGCCUGUAACCGGGUGCCAUGCUUGGUUAGCAACCCUCUGGCACAAUGUGAGUCAUUUUUCUCAUUAACUAAGACCUGGCAAUCUCAUUAUCAGAGCUGAACAGGCCAAGUAGUAAAUAUUUUACUUGCUCUACAAAUAUUUGCACUUUAGAGCUUUAUUUUAUGAUAGCAUCUUAGCUUAGACUUUAGUGAGCAUGAAUAGUUUGGCUGAGAGUAGCCACUGAGGCUGAAUUAGCAGAAAUACACAGCUACAAUAAUUGCUAUUUACCUCACAUAGUGCACUUCUAAGCUAUCUGGGCCACCAAUUGCACUAUAAAUGUUACAUGCACAUAGCUUUAUUACAGAGUAUGUUUGCCACUACAAAAUGGAUAACUGUUCUGAGAAAAAU